AUGCCAGCCCGCCCAGCCCCCAUCAACACCUCAGACCCUGCGGAGUCGAGUCUGGAUACCACAACCAUCGAGUCUAUGUCGUCGACACCAUGGCAGGGGUUCAUGCCGCGGGUCCAGACCUACCACCGAGAUGCAUCCAUUGCACUCGUUGGAAUCCGCGGCACAGGCAGGUCAACUUUGGCGGUAAUGGCCUCCAGCGCGUUGGGAUUCCGACUUCUGGACGCAGACCAGCACUUUUUUCAGGUCACGGGUCUUUCUCGCUCGGCCUACAAGACCCAGAACGGCGCCGCGGAGUAUCGACGCGAGGAGCUGAAGCUGAUGCGAUCGAUGCUCUUUGAGAACCCAACCAGAGCAGUCAUCGCCUGCGGACCGGGAGCUGUGGAGGGCACAGGACAGGCUUGGCUUUCUGAAUAUGCCCAGACGCACCCGGUGAUAUACAUAUUACGAGACGCCGACGAGAUCAAGAGACAUCUCCGAGUUUGGGAUGCCGACGCCAUCAAGCGCCUCAUUCAUCUUAGCGGACCAACGCAUCGGUCUGUAUCCAACUUCGAAUUCUACAACAUCUCCGACAGCUAUGGCCAAACCGCGGAGCAGACUUCAAUGUCAGGCCAACAAUCCCCGAGAUCACUGGCACUAAAGCGCGUCGAACACGACUUCCUCGACCUCAUCUUCACCAUCACCGACCGCGACCGUCAAGGCCAGAGUUUCUACCCACCUGGUCACAGCGACGCAUCUCUUAUGCCGGAAUUCAGGCCUUUCACAUACUCUCUGACAUUACCCAUACUUUCUGUGGAUGCUGCAGGACCCAGACUUGGCGGCAUCAACACGACGGCUGAUGUGGCAGAGCUUGUUAUUUCGCUCCAGGAGAUGCGAACAAGAUCACUCAAUUUCGACGACCCGUUGGCCAAUUUCAUCAGUCGACAGUACUAUGCUGUCAAGAGAUACACUCGCCUUCCGAUCAUCCUCAAUUUUCAACUGGACGAUGCGUCAAGUAAUCCGGAUAUCACCUAUUAUCUCCGUCUUGUGAAUCACGGCCUGCGUCUCGCACCCGAGUAUUUGUGUGUAGACUUGAGUUGUGAGGAGGCCGUCUUGCGAGACAUCAUGUCUUCUAAGGGAACGAGUAAGGUUAUGGGACACUUCACAGAUGUCUCCGUAUCGGAGGGAGGUUGGGACAAUCCGGCGCUCAAACAAAAGAUACACCUUGCUGAACGUCUGGGAUGCGACAUUGUCCGGGUAUGCCGGAUAGCGACUUCGACGACGGACAACUUCGCGGCCAAAUGCUUCGCCCAAGGAAAGCCCGGAGAGUUUAAAAUACCGGUCAUUGCAUACAACACUGGCCGUCUGGGCCGGAUGUCCUGUUAUCUAAACCAGACCUUCACGCCAGUCACCGACCCUCUUCUAAGAUCCAUCACGCCAUCAUCAACCACGGAGGUUCUUUUGACAAUACAAGAGGCACAAAAGGCUCUUUACUCGUCUUUUCUCCUCGAUCCGAUGUACUUCGGUAUCUACGGCACCAAUGUCCUGCAGAGUCUGUCGCCAGCUAUGCACAACGCCGCUUUCGCGUCUUGUGGCAUGCCUCACGAAUACAAGACAUUUCAACAUCCGACAGUUAACGACUUGAGGCAUUUGAUAGCUGACGAGAACUUCGGAGGCGCCAGUAUCACGGCCCCCUUCAAAAAGGAAGUCUUCGCCCUGGUUGACUUCACCAGCCCGGAAGCACAAGCUAUCGGUGCAGUCAACACUUUGAUACCGCUUCGCUCUGCAACUAUCCACUCGUUACUCGACAGGAACAGGUCCGGACCGGUGGCCGCCCUGUACGGUGAUAACACGGACUGGAUAGGCAUUCACACGUGCAUACGCCAGAACCUAUCACCCAUCAAUGGCGUCAAAAGACGAACAACGGCGCUCGUUUUGGGAGCAGGCGGCAUGGCGCGCGCUGCGGUGUACGCUCUGCUUCGGCUGGGAGUCCGCAGCAUUUUCAUAUAUAAUCGCACAAGUCAUAAUGCACAGGAGAUGAUUAGGCAUUUUGAAGGAUAUCAUUCCAAAAGCAGGAGAGGAAGCCCGUCUCAACCGGGUUCCGGAGAGAGUCUCGUUGGCUCACCUGAUAUGGAUGUUCCGUCGUUGAAAGCUCUCCAGUCAAAGACAGAUCGUUGGCCUGAGGACGUUGAUCGACCUACCAUAGUCGUUUCCUGCAUCUCCACUCCCGAGGAGAACGGUCAGUCAUCUGUUGACCGUACCCUACCCUCAGAGUGGCUCUCUAGUCCGACUGGAGGCGUCGCUAUUGAGCUAUCAUACAUGCCCCUAGAAUCACCAUUCCUAAAGCAAGUCAAGGAGAUGAUCAACGUGGACGAGACUGUUGAAGAUGUAAUCAAAAAGGACGAUUUUGGUGGAGCUUCGGUCACAUUUCCACACAAGCUCCAGAUCGGGAAGCUUCUGGACCGUGUUAGUCCGUUCGCUGAUAAGAUCGGAGCUGUCAAUACCGUCAUCGUUGAGGACGAUCCGGCAUCCGGGAAGCGCCUUCUGGUCGGAGACAAUACCGACUGGCACGGGAUCAAAAGAUGCAUUGAGAAGAGCGGCAUUGAAGACCUGAGAUCGUCUGCGGCUCUGAUUCUUGGGGCUGGUGGUGCUGCUCGUGCAGCCUGCUUUGCAGUCCAAGAGAUCGGGAUUUCCGAAGUCAUUGUUGUGAACAGAACCGCCUCGAAAGCGCGCGACAUGGCGGCGAAGUUCCCGAGGAUCUCGACGGUUCAUGUCUUCGAGAGCCUGGAGGCUGCUGUCUUGAGAGUACAGGAGGGCGCAACGAAAUUACCAGUUCGAGUAGUGAUAGCCUGCGUUCCGGCGGACGAUCUGACCGCAGAGAAAGUUCCUGCAGCGCUGUUCUCGGGGGCCAAGUCUGGGGUUUUGGUGGAGAUGGCGUAUCGGCCACAAGUAACUGGCAUGAUGUUCGUGGCAUCUCUUCAUGAUGGUUGGAGGGUUUUCAAAGGCGUCGACGUACUCGAGGAGCAAGCUUACGCACAGUUUGAGCUGUGGACUGGAAGAAAAGCCCCGGUUGAGGUGAUGAGGGCUGCGAUGCAGGCGAAGAUCAAGGAGAACGAGCGCGCCAAGUCUUCCAUGUAG